AUGGACCAGGUGUGCAGCGAGCUGCUGGCCCCUGCCAACGCAACGACUGACAGCAAGGAUCCCAAGAAGCUGCACUACGGCUGCGGAGUGGCCACGACCGCCCAGGUCAACAAGGUGUCCAGCGACCUGGCCGCCCUCGAGCCCAAGGUGGUCGCCGCCGUUGCUCAGGCCAGCUCUGCGCAGUCCGCCCUCGGGCAGGGCAGCAACCAGACAGCAGCGCUGCGAGCCCAGGUGGCCGCGCUCAAUGCGACGCUGGUGGCGCUCACCGCCAUGACGGAGGGGCUCAUGACAAACAUGGCCAGCGCCGCUGACACCGGCGUGAUCACCCAGCAGCUUGAAGCUCUUGCGGCAGCGGACACUCGCGCGGCCCAGCGACUGGCGUCACUGGCUGCGGCAAACCAGACUCUGGGCCAGGAUAUUGCGCGGCUCAAGGCCUCUCAGAAUCAGUGUACGUGCGGUCCAGAGCUCUCAGCUGUGAACACCACGCUGGAAGCAAUCAAGUCUGUCCAGGCUGCUGACGCGGCAGCGACCGCCCUGGUCAACACCACUGCAGAGUCCUUCAAGCUCGCAGUCGCCGAUGGCGCUGCGACCAUCUCGGCGAUCAAUUCCAGCAUCAUUGGCCUGACAGCGGCCAUUGGCAACGUGUCGGCCAUCGACCUCAGCAUUUAUGCCAAAAUCGUCGACCUUGCAACCCUAGAUGCGGCCACACUGGGCGGCGUGCCGGCCGCUCAAUACUUGCGUGCGCGCGUUCCUUUCGACGUCUGA